AUGGGAACAGGUGACAGAUUGCUAGACAUUCCGUGCAAAGUGUGCGGCGAUCGCAGCUCGGGUAAACACUACGGCAUCUACAGCUGUGAUGGAUGCUCCGGGUUCUUCAAGCGCAGCAUCCACCGGAACCGAGUGUACACGUGCAAGGCGGCCGGUGAGCUGAAGGGCCGCUGUCCGGUGGACAAAACCCACCGCAACCAGUGCCGCGCCUGCCGGCUCUCCAAGUGCUUCCAAUCGGCGAUGAACAAGGACGCGGUUCAACACGAGCGUGGCCCACGGAAACCGAAACUACAGCACCUCCAGGGCAACGGUGGCCACCCCGGGCACCCGCACCUGUCCGGCCCGUUCGUGAACGGGUCGUCCUUCCAUAGUCACGCCAUGGCCCACUUUCCGCCCGGUUUGCAUCACUCGGCAAUGUCCGGACCGAACCCGCUGCUUCACCAUCCCCAGCCACUCUCGUUUGCGCCCCUCGGGCACCACCACCUUCCACCGUCCCUCCAAAUGCCGCCGGUUAAGUUGGAGCAGGGUAAGUUCGAAUUUCCCCUGGCCAGCGUCCCGAACGGCCCCGGCCAGCAGACGCAGCAGCAGCAGCAGCAUCAACAGCAUUUGUCUCCGAUCAAAAUCGAGCAUCCGAAGCCGUCCGGCGGACCGUUCGAGUUUACACCGUCCGGGCACGUCCAGCACAUGUACCGGUCGCUGGAACCGAUGCCUCCGUCGCCGACCGACUCGAAGAGCUCCAUCAGCGUGGACUCACCUUCGGAGAGCCUUACCAGUCCGCAGUCCACCGUCGACGGCAGCUCGAGCGUCCUCAGCCCGACCCCGAUCAACGCAACCAGCCUCAGUCUGCCAUCGCCACUGUCCCAAAACGGAGUGCUGGACAUCCUGAUGAGUUCGGACAAGUGUCAGGAGUUCAUCCAGUAUCAGAUGCAUCACCACAGCCUCGCUUUUCCCGGGUUCACUCCGAGUGGAAGCAGCAGCUCGAGCGGUGGAGGCGUCGGCACUGGAAGUGGUCUCGCCGGAAGCGGGAGUUCGCAUCCUCCGGGAGCUGCAUCUGGACCACCGCCACCACUCGUUCCGCAUCCGGUGCCUCUAACGGCACUUCCACCAGAUGGACCCGCCAUCAUACGACUCCCUACUUGGGAGAUUUUACAGGAAACAACGGCUCGGUUGCUCUUCAUGUCCGUCCGGUGGGUCCGGUGUCUGAUUCCCUUUCAAACGCUCUCGAAAAAUGACCAACAUCUAUUACUCCAGGAAUCGUGGAAGGAACUGUUUCUGCUCAACUUCGCCCAAUGGAGCGUACCGUGGGACUUGAGCAGUCUGCUCGACUCGCCCCAGGUGCGCGACCGGCUGCCCCAGGACGCACCGACCCAGCUGGAGAUGAAGACGAUGCAGGAGAUCCUGUGCCGGUUUCGACAAAUAUCGCCCGAUCUCAGCGAGCUGGGCUGCAUGAAGGCGGUGAUUCUCUUUUCUCCCGAAACGUCCGAACUGUGCGAUGUCCAGCCGGUCGAGAUGCUCCAGGAUCAGGCCCAGUGCGUCCUGUCGGAGCAUGUGCGCGUCCGCUACCCGCGCCAGCCAACCCGCUUCGGCCGACUCCUGCUGCUACUUCCGCUCCUCCGCACGAUCCGCUCGACCACCAUCGAGACGCUGUUCUUCAAGGAAACCAUCGGUUCCGUGCCCAUUUCCCGGCUGCUGAUCGACAUGUACCAGAUGGAAAAGUAUGCUGAUCUUGACGGCGGUGGUGCAGGGGCAGGCGGUGGUGACGGCGGUGCCACACCGAACGGUGCGUUGACCCCGAAGGCAUAA